GCUUGUGAUCAACAUGACUAUUCGUUUUCCCACAGGUAGAAGGCCAAUGCCAGAUUAUAUCCUUUGGUCACAGAAGGGUAAUCCUUCGGCAGGGAGGUGGCGCUCUUAAAUAUGGUGAUGCGCCUAUUGCGCUCCUUGGUUAUCCUUAUCUUCGUCAGCUUGAUGGUAAUAUCAUAUGGAUGGUAUUCACUAAAAAUCCAUAAGAUGGAAAAGCUCUAUCCGACAAAUCCAUCGGAGCUCGAUCUCCCCGGACUAAGCUUUGAUAAAUCAAUGAAUGUGAAUCUGAUGGAAGAAUUUGGCGCUCUUCAGACAACUCAAUUUAACAGCACCAAAAAUAAACUGAAUGAAUCUUUGGACGCAACUUCCAUUGAAAAUAAUAUAACAUAUUUAUUUAAAAACAUAUUGAACAGUUCCGAAAAUAUCCCACGGACGACAAAGCCUCGUGAAAAUAGUGAAGAGCUUUUGCAUUCAUCACUUCAAAUCAAAGAUAUACAUUCUGAAUAUCGUACAAUCAGAUUCUUCCAUCCAAGCGAAUUUUGGGAGUAUCUUAGAUACAAAGAGCGAGCCACCGGGAUUCCAUGGGCAAGUGCCACCUAUGAAUCGGGUCAUCAGGACAAUGAGAUUGAUGCGGAGAGGAUAUGUCCCAAAAGUGGAGCUUCCAUUAAACUCUUGGUGCUAAUUGCCUCGGCACGGGAUCAUGAGAAACAAAGAAUGGCCAUUAGGCUGACUUGGAUGCACUACGGCAGCAGGAGGGACAUCGGUAUGGCCUUUGUACUGGGACGUGGUAACGACACAAAUGUAAAUGAACGCCUUGACGGGGAAAAUAUGAUGUACGCGGAUAUGAUAAGGGGAAACUUUGUAGACUCUUACAAUAAUCUCACACUCAAGACGAUCUCCGCCCUGGAGUGGACGCACUGGCACUGUCCCCUGGCAAAGUAUGUCCUCAAAACGGACGACGAUAUGUUUAUCAACGUGCCCAAGUUAAUGGAAUUUCUUGACACUCUCAAGGCAAAGCGAAAGAUCUAUGGUCGCAGAGCCGAGAACUGGAUGCCAGUGCGGAAUAAGCGAUCGAAAUAUUAUGUAUCCUACGCCCAGUAUAGCUCAAGAUAUUUCCCUUACUUCACGACUGGGCCCGCCUAUCUGCUCACCGGCGAUAUCGUGGCCGAAUUAUAUGCCCAAGCCCUGGCCACUGCGUUCUUGAAGUUGGAGGAUGUCUUCAUGACCGGCAUCGUGGCCGACGUUUUAGGUAUCGAUCGGAUUAAUGUCAAGGCGAUAGCCAACGUUAAUACGAAUCCGUCGGUAUGUCGCAUUCGUAGUAGAAUCACGGUUCACAUGGUGGAACCCAAUGAUCAGUUUGAUUUGUGGAAGAAGCUGUUCGACACGGCCAUUCGGUGUAAAGAGCAAUGAUUCAUGGAAUCUUUUCUCUAGUUUCCAUUUGCUUUGUGAAAUUUUCAAAUAUUGUAUCCAGAUAGAAAUUCAAAAUAUCUUCCAGAUUCCAGUUCUUUAUAAUCCAAUAUUGAGGUUCUAAAUGUAGAAAACGUAUAUUUAAAUAACAAAAUUGAAUUGUAGAUUUAAUCUUGUACAAAUUUUUUUUUUUAAGAAUAUAUACCUUUAUAAAAACUGAAUUUUCAGUUAAUAGACUGUAAACAAAUGGUACGAGCUAUUAAAAUAUCAUUUUGUUAACGAUUUACAAAAACGAGUAUUGUUAUCCUUAGCUACCAUUUAACAGAUUUUCUGGAAGACCAACAGCUCUCAAAGGGCACUGGUUGCACGGUAUGA